AUGUCGAUCUCGGUCCCGGGAAUGCUGCCAAUCCUCCUAGGAGACACGACCCAGCCCCACCCCAAAGACAACCUCGAGGCCCGGGGCAGGCCAGCCGCCAGGAAGGCUAGAGCCAAGCCCAGGGACUCCGGGCUCCGUCCAUCUGCGGCUGAUGAUGAUGCCAUGGCUGCCCUGAGGUGGGCCAGGCCCUCCCGGCAGCCAGGGGACCUGCGGGGAGCUCCCCACGUGGCCUGGUCCGACUACACGGAGCAGCCAGGCCCCCAGAGGAAGGCCUGCAGCCUCCUGGGGUGGUCCGAAAGCGAGGAGGCCAGGGAUGGGGACAGCUCGGUGUCAUCAGGCCGCCUUUCCGGCUCCUCCGGGGGCCACGAGUCCUGCACAUCUCUCCCCGGGCCCUGGAAGGAGCGGCCCCCCCAGGUGCAGGGGCCCCGGUGGCAGCUGAGAGAGAGCAACCCACGACUGGAACGGCUUAGGGACAAGAUCCGGGCCCAGGCACAGUGGCAGGCCAGCUGUGCCUCUCUGGGCACCUCGACGCCCUCCAGCGCCUCGCGCCUCUACAGAGUCUCCAAGCCACAUCCCCGCAGGAAGGCCGGAAGGCUGGCGCACCCCGAUCCGGCCCCGUGGGACGUACUUGGGCCUGGGGCCACCAUCUGCCGGAUGGGGACCUUUUCCUGGAACUUUGCGCAACCUGUCUCACGAUGCUCCCUCUCAUCUUCUCCGGGCUUAGGCACCCCGAGCGAGGCUCCGUGUGGAGCAGAAGAUAAGGCCAUCCCGGGCCGGGGGCGAGAGCCCUCCAGGGUCCCCCAGCGCCAGGCCUCAGCUCCACGGGAGAAAACCAAAAGAAUGAAAAGCCGUCCUUGCACGAGGGAGAGAGCCCCCCAGUCGCCCACCUCUAGAAGAGAUGCCAAAGACACAGAUUCUGAGUUGGUCGGUGUUUACGCCUGGAGGAAAGGACCAGCCCUGGCGAGGGCCCUGCUUGGGCCCCCUCCGGCCCUCCGCAGGCUCCAGAGGGAGGCUCCCUCGAGAGACCAGGCCCCCGCCGCGGAAUUAGGAGACAGCAAGAAAGUUGGAGCUGCUAAGAGCUCCCCUGCCCGUCCCCGGAUGCCCAGUCCAGCCUCUGUCCGCGGCGGCCUGCAGGUGUCCGCCAAUACGCCCAACCUGCCCUCCUGCGAGCAGCCUGUGACCAUCCAGAAUGCCAUGGCUGUCCUUAGAGACCUCCGCCAGCAAAUCCAGGCCGGGCUGGAGUUGGCCUGGAGCCACCGCCCCAGGGGAGGGCCAGAGCUGGGGCGGUCAAAGUUGUGGCUGCAGAACCUGGCAGAGAGGAGGCAGCAGGGCCCCUGGAGCACCCCAGAUGUCCGGGGCUCCUUCUCGAAGAGUCCUCGGGCCUUAGAGAGGGCUGGCAGCUUCCCCACGGGGCAUCGCUGGAGCACCGUGGCUGGGUGGGAGUCCUGUCCCCAGAUGACCCGGGCGGCCCAAGGACGGAACCCCUCCUUCCAGAGGCCUGGGAGCCCCCCUGAAAGGCUGACCUCCUUCCCUCAGCGGCCCUGGAGCGCCUCGGCCGGGCAGCCCUCCCAGCCCCAGAGGACCUGGGCUGCUCAUGAAGACUGGGAGAGCUCUGCCCAAAGCCCGUGGAGCCCAGCGGCCCAGCGGCCGUGGAGCGCCUCCUUCCUGCGCAGCAAGGGCACCCCAUGCAGGGGCCGAGGCUCGCUCCCGCCUCCCUCGGAGCCAAAGCGAGACUGGAUGAGGCCGGCCCCCGGGGCCCCCAGGAACGCCCCUGGGAAGGAGAACGAGGUGAGGGUGCCGCCACCCUGCCCGAAGCCCCGGGGGGUCCUGGGUCACCCCUACAGCUCUGAGUCCCUGCGGGAGUUCAUGCGCCAGAAGGCGCUGGCCCGGAGGCGACAGGCCCUGGAGGAGAAGGCCUCGGCCCUGCGGGCGCUCGAGCUGAGAAACCAGAGGCUGCAGGAUGUGUACAGGAAGCAGAGGGAGGCCGUCCUCGGCAAAGCCGUCCCUGUGGUGUCCCACACGACCCCCGGCAUCGUGACCUUUUUUCCGCAUUGUGCACAGUCCGAGGGCCUGGAAGCCUCUGGGAGCCUGGGGUCGCCUGUGCUGGAGUGGAGCAAGGUGACCUCCGGCAUGGUGCUGGGGGACCAGGAGGCCCCGGGCAGCUUCUGCCUGUGUCUGAACAGAGCCCUGAACCGCACCGAGACGCUGGGGACAGGCGGCCCCACGCUGAUGUCCGCCCGCUCUUCCCUGGGUCCCCUGAAGCUCCAGGACCUCGCCACCCAGGGCCCGCGUCCAGGGGUGUGCAUCUACCUAGACCCUGAGGAGAGCGAGCGCCUGGGCACAUCGGGGCCCCUGCACUUCCGCUACAAGCAGGCCCGGCUACAGGCUCUGGAGACCAUGGCCAACGUCCUGAAGCAACGGAUCGACAUCCUGAUGGCCCAGCUGCACAAGUCGGAGGCACCGGACCCCCCCGGGGACCCGGUCUCCGACCCGUCGCCCUCAUACCUCAGCAGAAUGGCUGCGGCCCCCACGCCCACAGCCCCCGUCCACUCCGGAGCGUUAGUGCCCCGUCGGGGCGGAGGGACACCCUGGGACUGGGCGGACACGCAGGCCAGGCCGCCGGCCUCACCCACCUGCUUCCCGGACGGCAGGACGCCGUCCUGGAGCCCUGACUGGGAGCGGCGGCACAGCGUGAGCCCGGGGGCCCCCCGCGACAGCCAGCCCCGAGGUCUCACGGAGGACGGAUGUUCGGAGCCGGACAACAGGCUGGCGAGAAACACGGACUCCUUCCAGGCCCUCCGCCCCUUCACCGGGAGCUCACUCGGGGUGACAGCCAUGCUGGACCCCACCUGUGACUCCCUGCGGCUGGAGAUGCCGUCAGCCAGAGGGGCCGGCUUGCUCACGCCCUGGACCACGCGAAGCUGCGGUCAGCGUUCCGGGCACCUUGCCAACAUCCCCCAGAAGUCCCUGGGCUUUCUCGAGUCACUGAAGCUUGACCAGCAGAAGCGGAAGCAGGCGUUGGCCCUUCUGCGGCAGCGGGCGAAGCGGGAGGUCUGGGAGACACAGAAGGCCCUGGACAAGCUGCUCUUCAAGCACCGGGUGCAGCAGCUGAUGGGGAAACACUCCACCGAGGCCAGGCCGAAACCGGCUUCGGAGGGGAAGCAGCCACAGGUGUGCGGAGGUCUGGAGCCAGUGACUUGUCUGAGCACGGUGACAGCCAGACCCAGAUCGCACCCAGCCCAGGGCAGAGCCGCGGCCGCGCCCUCCCAGGACCCCCGGGAAGGACAGCAGAGUCGGGAGGGCAAGUCGGCUCCUGCAGAGCCCAGGCAGGAAGAGAGGCCAGACCAAGCCCCCUCCCAGCUGCCCCUGGCCAGGCUCUACCCUCAGGACAACCCCACCCACCAGAUGCUUGACGUGAGCCUGCGGGAGGAGGAGCUGCGCGCGCAGCACCAGGCUGCGAUGCUGCGCCUGCGCGAGAAAGCGCUGGAGGAGAAGAUGCGCACCGAGCUGGCCUGGCUGGAGCAUCAGCGAGAGUGUCUGGGCGGCGAGGGGAAGGACACGAUGCUGGCGGCCUUGGCAACGAGGCAAGAGCAGGCGCUCGGCAAGCUUGAGCAGGAGCAGAGAGAAAUCCGAUACCUGCGGGACAUUCACCUGUUUUCACACCAAGAGAGGAAACUUCUCCUGCAGCAUGAAAAGGACAUCGUCUCCCUGCAGAGAUCCAUGGUGCACCUGCGGCGGGAGCUUCAGGCCCGGAACAGGCUGCCUCAGAGUUCCGGCCGUGAGGUCAAGACCACUCAGACGGAGGGGUCUGAGACAAGUGUGCAGCUGAAGGGCCCUGCACAGGGCUCCUCGCGCCCCUUGUCACCGCCUGGGCCCGCCAGCCCCGCCAGCCACUGCCCCCGGACAAGCCCCGAGACCCCACGAGUCCAACAACCGCUCGGCCGCCGACCACAGCCGUCCCCCGGAUGUGACGCGUGUUGUCCCAUUUGUGGAAUGUUGUGGUCGGGGCUUGUCCCCCGGGAGGGCAUAGCCCGGGUAGGCAGUCCCAGCCCCGCCCUGCCUUACAGCCUUCUCAGCGAGCGGGCGGAUGGGACGCCCCCCCAGGCAACCUCAGCUGCGGAGAGUCACCGGCCGCCUCCAAGGCCCGCGUGGGGAGAGGACACUCCUGUGGCCGGCAGCUGGCCCGACGCGGGGCGCCGGCUGGCGGAGAGCCACAGCCCCGUGGGCCAAGGAGACCCCCAGACCAACCCCAGCCCCACGUCAGCAGAGGAGAAGACCCGGCCUCUGACAGACAGCCGUGCACAGAAGCUCCAGGGCCCGAACUCCCCGGGCGGAGGGGGUCCCUGCGGCCCCCUGGAAGCCAGCGUGGUUGAAGGCCGCGUCGGCCGAGCGGGGUCAGAGCUGGGGCUGGACUUUGCCGGCAGCCCCGUGGAGGAGCCCCACAGAAUGGAAGGCUGGUGGCCGGGGGAACAGAGGACCGAGCGCUGCGGCCCCUUCUCUCCACCGGAAGCCGCCCAGCUGACCACUGCUCCAGGUGAGGCCCCGCCGUGCACCAGGACCAUGGGACCCCCACCCGCGGGUCCUCCGCCACCAGCUCCUCCUCGGCCAGAACCACCCUUCCCCCAAAGCCCGGCGGGGGAGCCCCGCCCACUCGCCAUACCCAUCGGCUGGCCGCCCAAGCGGAGGACUGUAGGGAGGGCCCCUGUCUGGAGCCGUCGUGCCCCAAUAAACACAGGACGGCUGCAGUUCGGAGGCGGGGCCCCCAAGGCGCGGAGAUGUCCCCCCAGACGCGGCGCCCUUACUUGUGCUGGCGGGUGGGUGGCCGAGCUAACGGCUCCGGUACCACCCAGCUGGCCUGAGGGCAGCCCCCUGCCGCCGCUCAGGGCCCCCUCGGACCCGGGCCCGGAGUCCGAGGCUGCUCCCCGGAGCCGCUCGGGGUCUUGGGCGGGGUCCCCUGCCUCCUCCUCCCCGAGUGGGGUGUCCUGCCGCUCUCUCCAGGAGUUUCAGAGAGCAGCCGCCGUCCUGGUUCAGCUCUCCGAGAGCCCCGUCUCCGUGUCAGACUGGGGGGGUGGGGACGUCCCAGACACGGACCCCGGCUGUUCUGGGGAGCUCUCUCCUCAAGACUCCUGGGGGCUCCACCGGGGCGGGGGGCAGGUGGCCCGGGAGAGGCCAGAGGGCGGUGGGGCCGGGCCCCUGGGCGGCCCCUCCACGGAGCCGGGGGGCGUCCUGCGGGAGGGCUGGCCGCUGCCUCCCCCGGACGCCCCCUCUCCGAGGUCAGGGUCAGAGCUGUCAGAGGCGUCCAGCGAGGUCUGGGACGAGGAGAACCUUCUGGAGCCUGGCUCGGGGCCCUCCUUGUCUACGGGAGGCUCGUCCCACCUGGAAAAUGGCGGGGCGCCCGGCUCUGCACUUGCUUCCUUGGGCCCCGGGGAGGGGCAGGAAGCGUCUGGAAGCACUGGGAGCCUCAUCCGUGAACUCACUACGGAAGAGGGCCCAACAGACGUCCCCCGAGGCUGCCCGCAUGCCCUCCCGUCCACGCCCUCGUCCUCCAGUGACUUGGACCUGUCCCUUUCCUCUCCCUCGGGGUCCUUGGCAUCCGAAGGGGUGGGUUUCGGCAGAGGAGAGACCAGGCCUCUGCAGGCCUCGGCUGCCUGCCCAGAGGGGCUCUGGGACGCUGCCCUGAGUCUGCCCAGUGACAGGACGCCACGACAGCCCUGGUCUGAGCCUGAGGUCCCCGUGACCUCGCGGGCUCCUCCUGGGGACCCUGGCGGUCUGGUGGCCCUGACACCCCAGGGCUGGGCACCCAGAGGUAGGGGCAGUGGAGACUCCCCUGCCCCCGAGGAAGCCUGCCCCACGCCGUCCAGCAGGGCCUUGCCUGAGAUCCUGUCCCCCGUCGACGAGGUGCUAUCCUAUGGCAGUGCCGACCUGUCCUCCGCUCACAGGGAUGCCCGCCUCCCUCCUCUGCCUCCCACCUUCCCAGCAGAGGGUUUGGCCGACACGACCAGCCCCGACUCAGGAGACUUCCCUUCCCCACCUGAGGAUGUCAUGUCUCCUGGGAGCGUGCCGGGCCCCCCGGGGGAGGAUGCCUCCAUCAAAACUGGGGAGUUGCCCUCCUUGUCUGAGGAGGACACACCCGAGGCACCAUCCCCAGGGCCCCGGGAGUCGGGGCUCUGCCUGGGGGCAGGCAGACAGGGCGGAAGCCUUGGGGACGAAUUGGGUGAGUCAAGUUCGGUUUCCAGGGAUCAGGCUGUGGGCAGCCGGUGGCCUGACCCGGCCGGCUGGCCAGGGCGCCCCUCUGGGGGCAGGGCAGGAGACGCCCCGGGGGGGCCCCCGAGGCUGCCGGUGCGGCCCCCGACCCUGUCCAGAGGGGCCUUUAUGGCCGGGGAGCGUCCGCCAAUGCUGGCAGCCGCUGGCAGCCCUGGGCAGGGCGACCCAGCUCCUGCUCUGGGCGCGGGCCCCUGCGCUGACCCGCCGGGCACGGAGGGAGCCAAGGUGUUGGAUUUGGUCUCCAGCCAGCUUAGCGGGAGGAUCCUGUGCGACACGCUGGCUGUGCUCUUGGAGCCGGCCCAGCCGGCGGCCCCCUGACGGAAGAGCCGCCGUGUCCCGCAGGCUGGCCCCGCGGCCGCCGCAGGGCCUCGGGAAGACGGGGCCCACGGUGGCGUGGGGUGCCAUUGCGCAUGCGUGUGCGUGGCGUGUGGGAUGCUCCGGGAAGCCUGGGCCACGGAGGGCAGAGCCACCAUUCAGAACAGCCUGCCUGCGGCUGGCCCCCGAGUAGUCGUCUGGUGCCGGGCUGGGGCCUGGGCGGGGACGUGGCGGCCAGUGCGGUGAGCUCUGUGUUCUUCCGGACGUUGGGGCCGCUGCGUCCGUCAGGCGCCUGGAAGGGCCCCUGGUCCAAAGACUUUAAGAGGCAGGAAGGUAAGAGGUUGUGCGGGCGUGUCCAGAGGCUGGCCGGUCGAGGAAAGGUGUGGAGGUCAUGGAUUGACAGAGAACGGCCCGGAGGGGAGCGGUCCCCAAGGACGAACUGGAGACCACAUGCCUGGAGGCAGAGCCGUCGGCAAAGGCCGGGCGAAGAGAGAGAGAGAGCCGCUCUGGGGGGACAGGGGGGCAAGGGGCGGUGGAGACGGGCUGGGGGUCACGUCCGCACGGACUCACACCCCAGCUUGGCGGCUUCUGAAGGCCAAGGGCAUGCACGUGGGCCGACCCCGCUGUGGACAUCACAGAUCUGUCAACUCAAGGGCCGGAGGUGACCAGCCACGCCCCAGGACUGCCCUCUGGCGGGAGGUGGGCCAAGGGCUCCUUGAGGACUCAGGACUCCGGGAGAGACCAGAGUCCGUUUCCUGGUGGCUGUCCAUCAUCGAAUGACCCUCGGGAUGCAGGGCGGCCUUGGAGCAGGGAGCAGUUUGCACAGGUGUUGGCAGGGUGCGAUCCCUCUGGGGCUUGGCUCCUCCCCUCCAGGGCACGGACUUCCCCCGGCCUCAACAGAGGAACUCCUUUGGAGAUGACAUUUAUGGACCCCUGGGGAGCCGGCGACUUCCGUGCACUUGCAGUUAGCUGGGGGGCGUGGCGGAGCCCAGAGUUCUGCCUGUGCCCUCCACCUUCCAGCUUGGGAGCGGCGGCCGCCUCCAGGCAGCCCUCCACCAGGUCCCCGCUUCAGGGCAGCCUCCUGUACCCAGGCCAGCUGCUCGCCAGACGGACUUUUGUCACAGGCUCACUCGUCCGGUUUCACGGCUCAGGGAGGCACCAGCUGAGACAGUUCAUGCUGAUUUCGCACUGGGUCCCCCCACGUCCACCAGGGAACCCCGAGACGGGCUUGGGCGGGGGGGAAAGUGCUCUUGCUGUGCGUAUGCGAUUUCAAAACAAGUUCUGAGCUACAGCUUUCCUAUUGAUUGCCUUCUAGUUUUCUGAACAAAUCAGUCUGUAAUUUUUUAUUUUUUUUCUAUUUAUUGCUGACCCUUUUGGAUUUACGAGGCCGUGCGAGAGGGAUUAUGUAUUUUACACACACACGUUUGGCAUGGUAAUAAAUCUCCCACCUCAAAACCCUGCA